GCGGUCUUGGCGCUGCACUAGCGGGGUAACUGACGAUUCUCUUGCCUCUCUUUUUUACAACUUCUCUUCCUUUUAGCUUUGAUCGAAAAAUGUAUAGACAAUUGACCUCAAGUAUAUCUUCAUUUCUGCUCAAUUUAAUUUCUCCAUUGUUGGAAAUCUCCAUCCCAUUAUUAGUGCUCCCCACUCUGCAAAUCUCCAACACCAUCUCAGCCCCUGCGACCCUUGCAUCACCGCACGUGUGUGCCUACAGGGUCUGGGCCCAGAAGAUCAAUGGGGGCGCAAGCACAUCCUCUAGGCUCCCAGAGAAACAAUUUGAUACCGUGCCUCCCUUCUGCUUUUCCCGUCUCCUCUUCCUCCAAUCCUUCUUCUAUUUAUGUUUACUAUACAGCUUAGUUCUCGCUCCGCGGAUGACACACGAUUCGUAACCGUCGAAGCAGCAGCGAUCCAGACGAAGGCAGUGACAUUCUGCUGCGCGUCUCGACCAGAUAGUCCCUCUUCCAGGCCUAGCACCCUUCUAUCGACUCUCUCCCCUUUCCCAGACAUAC